AUGACUACCAACGCUCGUCAGAACGGCUACGCCGCACCCGCAGGUGGCUACAAGGGCCAGCACAUGCUCAACACAUACAACGGCCAAGGCCACGGAGCUCAAUACCUUCCACGAGGUCUGCCUGUGUCUCCCCAUGGUGAUGCUGGUUUGCAAGGUCUGACGAACACCAUGGCAGCGCUCAACAUGCACGCCUCUUAUGGCUCCUCCACCAAUCACAAGUCCGCUGGUUCCGGUAUGUCUGCAAAUUCUUCUGACUACGGCAACAUGCCCAUGGCGCAAGGGCAGGGCUUGUGGAUCCCCAAUCAGCAUGCUCUCGGCUCGAUGUACCAGGUGCUCCCGGGUGGGCAACAAGGACACUCCCCAGGCAUGUACAACCACACCGGUUCGUUCGACCCACAGACCGCAUACCAGUAUGGCCAGGCUGUCGUUGGACACAGCCCCAUGGCUCCUGGCUGGGCAUCUCGCAUGUCUUCAGGAGACAUGCCUUCGCUCAUGACACCUCGACGAGACUCCAUGUCGUCCAACGAGAACGACAUUCCUGGCACACCUUUUGGCAGUGGUGGCAUGUACCGUUAUGCGAACGGUGCUACAAUUAUGGACCGCUCCCCCAGCGCCGUCUACACGAACAGUGCAACUCCUUCACCCUCGCAGCUAGCACACCCAUACCAGUUGGUGGCUCCCAUCCAGAAGCAGCAGGUCAUGCCUACUCUCCCGCCUCACUUGCUUGCUUUGGUGCAUCAAGAGCCCCCUAUCCCACGCGCAAUCCCCGCACCCAGCUCUCCUCACAAGCCACUUGACCGUAGCCUCGAGAAUAAGACUGGCGAGACAAACGUCUACAUUCGUGGCCUUCUGCCAGAGACGACAGACGACAUGCUGCAUGGCUGGGGCAAGCGCUUCGGCGAUAUUCAGAGCUCCAAGUCAAUCAUCGAUCUCAAGACCAACCUAUGCAAAGGCUUUGGGUUCAUCAAGUAUCACAACUUCGAAGACGCUGAAGACUGCAUCCGUGGCUUUCACUACCUGGGCUACGAAGUUAGCUUUGCCCGAGAAUCAUUCUAUUCCAAGCUCAAGAAAUUCUCCGACGAUUGCAACACCAACCUCUAUGUAUCCAACAUACCCAAAAACAUGAACGAGCAUGAACUCGCAUCGAUAUUCGUUCCUCACAAGGUGUGCUCCAGCAAGAUCCUUCGUGAUUUUGCCGGUACCGGCCGUGGUGUCGGUUUCGCUCGUCUUGAGAGCCGCGAGAUCUGUGAGGAAGUCAUCAAGAAGUACAACAACACUCCAGUCUCCAAGCCCGGCACCGAGGAGCAUCUCAUUCAAAUCCGCUACUCUGAUACGCACGAGCAGAAGAUGCUCAAGCAGCAGACAGCAGCUGGUCGAGUCUUCCGUGCCGCUGAGUACGAGGUUGGUGUCGCCCAGGCUAGGGCGUUGGGCACACCUGACCGCUACGAUACUGUCUCGCCUGUGUCACACAAUGCCGGGAGCGAGUUCGAGAUGUUCAUGCAGCGGAGUGCUUACCGUCAACCAUGGGCACCAGCUAUCCCAUCUACGCUGGGAACCUCACGGCCAGCCGUAUAUCAGAUGACCCAGCCUGGUGCUGUCAAGAGCGAGGAUGGCGUCUCUGAGCAUGGCAUCGACAGCAAGACCGACCCUGCUACACCUAUCAAGCCUGACAGCAAAUCCGACUCACCAGCUCGUCGAGACGAGUAG